AUGGAGAUCCAAAUUGCUCCGAUCCGCGACACUAACACAACUAUCGCCAUCAACCUGACUCCCGGGACACAUGACAUCAACUUUUACGUCACAUCCCCGGACUGGUAUCAAUAUGUGGCAAUCGGCAUCGGCAAUGCGAUGGAGGAUGCCCUAAUCCUGGUUAUGGGCCACACCGAGCCAUUCUUUGACCCUAAUGUGAAGGUUACAGUCCAUUACUCAGCCGUCACGGAGAAUCUGGACAUCAUUGUCCAUGGCACUUGUCACAGCUGUCAUGCUCUCGCAGCCAGCCAUAUUGAGUUCAACCGUAGCUUGCCCCUGAUAUGGGCGGUUGGUCCCAGCUUGUCUCUUGAGUCUGAUGACUUAGAUGCCCCCAUCCGUCGUCACAUCAGCUACGGAAAAUUCACCGUCGAUGCCGAAACCGCCACUGGCAGUCCUCCCAAGCUCUCCGAAUUUCGCUCCGCAGAUGGCAAAAACAUUGGUGUGCUCUUCCAAGAAGACGAGGCCGUCAUUGUUGAUCGGCGACCCCGCAACGGAAUCGUCCACGGCGUACUUUAUGCCAUCGCUGCUCUGGCUCUCGCGCCAAUUGACUUCCUCGUUGCUGGUCUUCUGGCGGCCGGACACGCGUCGCGUGCUCGCAAGCGGACUUGCGCUUGGACGCAUUAUGCUACUGCGACAGUGUAUACGGGGUUUGUGUUCGCGGCACUGGUCCCUGGUAUGAUGAUUAGCCGCGACCAUAUUCGGACACGGAAGUAUACCACUCCUCACCAAAUCAUCGGCCUGAUCACUGUCGCCCUCAUGGGUAGCAUGUUCAUUUGGGGCCUGGCACUGUUGUUCCUCAAGCGGUCAGCCACGAAGCGGAACCAGGCAUUGUUCGAGGUUGGGAGCAAGCUCAAGCUCAGCGCUUCUCACCGUUGGGUGAGCAGAAUUGUGUGGUUGCUGCUUUUAAUCAACAUUGGGCUGGGCCUGAAACUGGCAGAGCAUCGUCCUAUUUUUAUUUUGGGCUAUGUCGCCCUGGCUGGUGGCAUGGUUGUUGUCCUUGUACCCAUCUACUUCUGUGUGUGGUGGUGUGCCAGGCGCAGGAGAAAAGAAGAAACCGAGACUGAGUCUCAUGAGCUUCCCGUCAUCUAUGACAACUACCACCGAUGA